AUGUCAAAAGAAGUCAAUGCAAAGGUCAAUGUGACACGUUUGGACGUGAAGAGGAGUAUCUACGAAGAAGGUAGCUCUUCUGAUAAUGAGGCUGGUAUUGGCGAGGUGAACAUGUUCGACAGCUCUCCUGAGAAGAAAAUAUGUUGGAAGCUCGACUUCAGAAUUCUCCCCUUGAUUGCAAUAAUGUAUUUGUUCAAUGCGCUCGACAAAGGUAAUAUCUCCAACGCCAAGACAGAUCACCUUGACAAAGAUUUAGGAAUUGAGAGUCAGGAGUGGAACAACAUGUUGUCCAUAUUUUACAUUCCUUUUGUUCUUUUCGCCUUCCCGCUUUCUUUAAUUAUCAAGAAAUACAACGCCGCUAAUGUAAUUCCAAUGCUUAUAUUUGCAUUUGGCUCUAUUUCGAUGCUGGCUGCUACCGCUUUCAAUUAUGGCUCAAUUAUGGCGGCUAAGUGGUUGCUAGGCAUUUUUGAAUCUGCAUUUUUUCCUGGUAUUAUCUACUAUCUGAGUACCUUCUAUCGCCGUCAUGAGCUUGCUAGAAGACUAUCGAUUUUCUACGCGGCUGCGAAUAUCGCAAAUGCUUUUUCAGGCUUACUGUCAUUUGGGAUAUUUCAAAUAACAACCAGCAAACUGCAUGGUUGGCAAAUUUUGUUCCUGGUUGAAGGUUCUGCAACUGUCAUAUUUGCAGUUGUUGCGUAUCUAUAUUGACCUAGAAGCCCUGAAACAUCUUACUUUCUAACUCAAGAAGAGAAAGAAUUCGCCAGGUGGAGAACUGAAACAGACUCGUCUGCCAAAUCCACCGAAAAAGUUUCAUUCAAGGAUGCUGUCAAGGUUUUCAAGCAUCCUAUUGCUAUCGCCUGAGUGUUUCAACAAAUUUCAAUCGGUGUUCCCUCAAUUCGAUAAAUAAUUGGUUUCCCCUGAUCGUACAAUCCAUGGGUAGAAGUACUGUCGAGACUAAAAUUUACACUAUUGCUCCAAAUAUCUGGGGUGCACUUGCACUUCUCGUCCUUUCUUUUUCUUCUGAUUGCACUAGAAUUAGGUCCGUUUUCAUCAUGAUCGGUGUCGCUGGAACAUUAGUAGGUUUUGUGGGUUUUGGGUGUAUCAACACCAAAGCAAACAUUGGCGUGGCAUAUUUCAGCUGCUUCUUAAUGACAACAGGUUCAUCAGUCUCUUCUGUCCUGACUUCAACGUGGUACAACAACAACACUUCAAAUGAGAAUCGCCUUGUCGUCAUCUCCGCUAUUGGCGUUCCUUUAGCCAACGCCGCGGGUCUAAUAUCAACCAAUAUUUUCCAGGCAAAAGAUGCUCCAAAAUAUCUUCCAGCGCUAGGCAUCACUGCUGUUUUUUGUGGUGCAGCAAUAGUGCUGAUCAUUGGUGUCGUCAGCUACAUGGUGUUCGAUAAUAAGCGUAGAAAUAAACUGCAAGGUGUUAACCUUACGUACAGAGACAUUUCUACAUCAGAAUUGGCUGAAGGUCCGGAUAAUCCUAACUAUAGAUGGAUGUACUAA